GAGUACAGCGAUGUUUCUGCCUAUCGAUUAUCUUUGUCGGAGGACACCAAAGCAAUAAAUCAGCUGAAUUUGCUUAUACGAGAGGGGAAGGAAAUGGGUUCGGUGCUCUAUACAUAUCGAAGUUGUGUAAAAGCACUUCCUCAGCUUCCAGAUUCUAUGAAACAUAGUCAGGCUGAUUUGUACCUGGAAACUUACCAAGUUUUAGACCUGGAGAUGAGCCGUUUGCGUGAAAUCCAGCGUUGGCAAGUAUCAGCCGCAUCAAAACUAGCAGCCGACAUGCAACGGUUUUCAAGGCCAGAGAGACGCAUCAACGGUCCUACUAUAACACAUCUCUGGUCCAUGCUGAAGUUACUAGACGUGUUGGUCCAACUUGACCAUCUCAAAAAUGCAAAGGCUAGCAUUCCUAAUGAUUUUUCGUGGUACAAGAGGACAUUCACACAAGUCAGCGUGCAGUGGCAAGAUACUGAUACAAUGAGGGAGGAGCUUGACGAUUUACAGAUCUUUCUGAGCACGAGGUGGGCAAUUUUAUUGAAUUUGCACGUCGAAAUGUUCCGUGUCAACAAUGUUGAUGACAUACUUCAAGUUCUUAUAGUUUUUGCUGUUGAAUCCCUGGAGUUGAAUUUCGCCCUUCUCUAUCCAGAGCGCCACAUUCUUCUUCGUGUCUUGCCUGUUCUUGUUGUCUUGGCAGCGUCAUCUGAAAAAGAUAGUGAGUCCCUGUACAAGAGAGUGAAAAUCAACCGACUGAUCAAUAUAUUUAAGAACGAUCCAGUUAUCCCUGCGUUUCCAGAUCUUCACCUUUCUCCUGCUGCAAUAUUGAAAGAGUUAUCGAUGUACUUCCCUAAAUUUUCCGCUCAGACUCGUCUUCUUGCUAUUCCUUCACCUCAUGAGCUUCCACCUCGCGAGGCACAAGAUUAUCAUCGCCAUUAUCUGAUCAUCAACCAUAUUGGGGCAAUUCGUGCUGAACAUGAUGAUUUCACCAUUCGCUUUGCGUCUGCCAUGAAUCAGCUUGCAUUAAUGAGAUCAAUGGAUGGUGCAGAUGUGGAGUGGGCGAAGGAAGUUAAAGGAAUUGUCUAUGAUAUGGUUGUUGAAGGCUUUCAGCUCCUAAGUAGAUGGACUGCACGUAUUUGGGAGCAGUGUGCAUGGAAAUUUUCACGACCAUGCAAGGAUCCGAUUUCAGCCGACUCACGUCCAAUAGCGUCUUUAUCUGAUUAUGAGAAGGUUGUACGGUAUAAUUAUAGUGCCGAGGAAAGAAAAGCAAUGGUAGAACUUGUAGGAUACAUCAAGGGUAUUGGGUCAUUAAUGCAAAAGUCCGACACAUUGGUGGCAGAUGCCUUGUGGGAAACCGUUCAUGCUGAGGUCCAAGAUUUUGUACAGAAUAUACUGGCCACUAUGCUCCGAAGCACCUUCCGCAAGAAAAAAGAUAUUUCAAGGAUUCUUUCAGAUAUGCGAACACUUUCAGCCGACUGGAUGGCAAACACAAGCCGGCCCGAUUCUGAAAUGCAACAUGGAGGUGAAGAAGGUCGUGGGACCUACUUUUAUCCAAGACCUGUAGCACCCGCAGCUGCACAGAUCCAUUGCUUGCAAUUUUUGAUAUAUGAGGUGGUAUCAGGGGGGAACUUGAGGAAGCCCGGUGGCCUUUUUGGUAAUACUGGAUCUGAAAUCCCUGUAAAUGAUUUAAAACAGCUGGAAACCUUCUUCUACAAGCUUGGAUUUUUCUUGCAUGUAUUAGACUACUCAGUGACAGUGGCAAACUUGACAGAUCUUGGUUUUCUGUGGUUCAGGGAAUUUUAUUUGGAAUCUUCUCGUGUUAUCCAGUUUCCUGUUGAGUGCUCCCUUCCAUGGAUGCUGGUGGAUCAUGUGUUAGAGUCUCAAAAUACGGGUCUUCUUGAAAGUGUCUUGAUGCCCUUUGACAUUUACAAUGAUGCCGCACAACAGGCGCUUGUGAUCCUCAAGCAACGAUUUCUUUAUGAUGAAGUUGAAGCUGAGGUGGACAAUUGCUUUGACUUAUUUAUAUCAAAAUUGAGCGACGCCAUUUUUACAUACUACAAGAGUUGGGCUGCAAGUGAACUGCUGGAUCCGUCAUUCCUUUUCGCCUUAGACAUUGGUGAGAAAUUUUCAAUCCAACCUAUAAGAUUCACUGCACUAUUAAAGAUGACUAGAGUGAAGUUGCUGGGAAGGACUAUCAACUUGAGAAGUUUAAUCACUGAGAGGAUGAACAAAGUAUUCCGGGAGAACAUUGAGUUUUUGUUCGAUAGAUUUGAGUCCCAGGAUAUAUGUGCUAUUGUGGAAUUGGAAAAGCUCGUUGAAGUUUUACAACUUGCUCACGAGUUACUAUCGAAGGAUCUGACUCUUGAUUCUUUUGUUCUCAUGUUAAGUGAGAUGCAAGAGAAUGUAUCUCUCAUUUCUUAUUCCAGCAGACUUGCUUCUCAGAUUUGGACAGAGAUGCAAAAUGACUUCUUACCGAACUUCAUCCUCUGCAAUACAACUCAGCGUUUUGUGAGAUCGUCAAAAGUGCCACCUGUUCCUGCUCAGAAGCCUUCGGUCCCACAAGCAAAGCCAAACUUCUAUUGUGGUAAUCAAGAUCUGAAUUCUGCAUACCAAAGCUACGCCCGAUUGCACAGUGGGUUUUUUGGGUUGCCUCAUAUGUACUCCAUUGUCAAACUUUUGGGGUCGAGAUCAUUACCGUGGCUUAUCAGGGCCCUCUUAGACCAUGUAUCAAAUAAGGUUACAACCAUCGAGCCAAUGAUCACCGGUCUCCAAGAGGCCUUGCCCAAAUCUAUAGGAUUACUUGCUUUUGAUGGUGGUGUUGCAGGUUGUGUAAGGACAGUUCAAGAACAUCUCAAUUGCUGGCAGUCAAAAUCCGAACUGAAAAUCGAAGCUCUUCAUGGGAUAAAGGAAAUCGGAAGUGUCUUGUACUGGAUGAGUCUGCUUGAUAUUGUUUUGAGAGAAGUUGACACUAGCCAAUUCAUGCAAACUGCUCCUUGGCUGGGCCUAACUCCUGGUGCAGAUGGACAGAUCAUAAAAAACCAGGACAGUGAAGACAGCCCAAUCAUCAGCCUAUUUAAAUCAUUAGCCUCUGCUAGUGCUUCGAACCCCAACUUCCCGAAUCCAUCGUCACUUCGCGUCCUGUCCAGACAAGCAGAAGCUGCUGAUCUCCUUUACAAAUCCAACAUUAACGCCGGAAGUGUGCUGGAAUAUUCGCUUGCUUUUACAAGUGCUGCUUUGGACAAAUACUGCAGUAAGUGGAGCGUGAUCCCCAAAACAGGGUUUUUGGACAUUACAACUUCCAAGGACUUCUAUCGGAUAUAUAGUGGCCUCCAAAUUGAGUACCUAGAGGAAGCCGUUCAUGUACAACCAAGCCAUUACGGGAUGUUGGGUGAUUCAGUUGCUUGGGGAGGUUGUACAAUUAUGUAUUUACUCGGCCAACAAUUGCAUUUCGAAUUAUUCGAUUUUUCAUACCAAGUCCUCAAUGUUGCCGAGGUUGAGGGUGCAGGCACAUCAUCACCAGCCCAUAAGAAUUCUCACACUUCAGUGGGCUUGGAGAGCCUACUCGAAGCCAUGAAGAAAGCUCGGAGGCUAAAUAAUCACGUUUUCUCCAUGUUAAAAGCUCGUUGCCCAUUGGAAGACAAGCAAGCUUGCGCCAUUAAACAAAGUGGUGCACCGCUGCAUAGAAUCAAGUUUGAGAAUACAGUCUCUGCCUUUGAAACACUGCCACAAAAGGAGGCCGGAGUUUAGCAAAGCAUAUCAGAUGCUCGAAAACUCGAGUUGGCUUUGUCUUGUUGAUCCUCCUUGUAGUUUUUUUUUUUUCACUUGUUAAAGUGUUAAAGUGUGAUUUGGCACACUUGACUUAGAGUAUGUAUGAUGGUAUCAGACUAUAAAGCGUGUUGAUAAUACUAUUGAAUUUUGGAAUCAUAUUUGAUCGAAUGUUGGGAGUUUGGUUGGGUGAUUUGACUUAUUGAGAUAGGUCAAUUACAAAAGAAAAUCCAAUGUUUUUAUAAUGAAGACUGAUGAGCAGAUGAGGGAGAGGUUAACUAUCAUGAGGA